UUCUUCCUCAACUUCAAUCACAGCAUUAUAUCUCCCUCUUUGUCUUCUCGAUUCCUACCUAAUCUCUCUAGGGUUUGGGUUUCUGGACGACGAAGGGGGGUGUUUUUCUCUGAAUUUGAGAUAUUGAGAUUGCUUGUUUUGUAAACUCGGAAAUCUAUGGCGGUUUCUAGCGCCUUUGCGGUUACCCCGAAGCUGGAGAAUUUGUUAUCGAAUCAACUCAAUCCGUCUUCUUCUUCUUCUUCUUCUCCGGCGCCGUUGGGUGUAAUUGGGAUUCGUGCUCUUCCGAUUAACAAUAGGACAAGGCGAGGUCUGAUCCAGAGAGCGCGUUGCGAGAUUUCCACGUCUAAAUCAGCCAGUGUCUCCGCUCUGGAACAGCUCAAGACUUCUGCUAUUGACAGAUACACAAAGGAAAGAAGCAGCAUUAUGGUGAUUGGGCUUAGCAUUCACACAGCUCCUGUUGAGAUGCGUGAAAAGCUUGCUAUACCAGAAGCUGAAUGGCCACGAGCUAUUGCCGAAUUGUGCAAUUUGAAUCAUAUCGAAGAAGCUGCUGUUCUCAGUACCUGCAACCGAAUGGAGAUUUAUGUCUUGGCUCUCUCUCAACAUCGUGGAGUCAAAGAAGUGACUGAGUGGAUGUCUAAGACAAGUGGAAUCCCAGUUUCGGAGAUCUGUCAGCACCGUUUUCUAUUGUACAACCAGGACGUCACACAACAUAUAUUCGAAGUCUCAGCUGGUUUGGACUCCCUUGUCCUAGGAGAAGGUCAGAUACUUGCACAGGUUAAACAAGUUGUUAAAUCAGGUCAAGGAGUCCAUGGUUUUGGAAGGAACAUCAGUGGGCUAUUUAAACACGCAAUCACGGUUGGAAAGCGAGUCAGAACAGAGACAAAUAUCGCUGCUGGGGCUGUUUCCGUUAGCUCUGCUGCAGUUGAACUUGCUCUCAUGAAGCUUCCAGAAUCUUCACAUGCAUCAUCUGCUAGGAUGUUGGUAAUUGGUGCUGGAAAGAUGGGGAAGCUUGUAAUUAAGCACUUGGUUGCUAAAGGUUGCACCAAAAUGGUGGUUGUGAACCGAAGCGAAGAGAAAGUUGCAGCUAUCCGCGAGGAGAUGCCGCCUGGUGUUGAGAUUAUUUAUAAACCCCUUGAUGAGAUGCUAUCUUGUGCUGGAGAAGCCGAUGUAGUCUUUACUAGCACAGCAUCUGAGACACCAUUGUUCUUAAAGGAGCAAGUAGAGACUCUCCCUCCUGUUAGAGAUGGGAGGCUUUUUGUUGAUAUCUCUGUUCCUAGAAAUGUCGGGUCUUGUGUCGCUGAAAUAGAUGGUGCACGGGUUUACAACGUGGAUGACCUCAAGGAAGUUGUUGCUGCGAAUAAAGAAGACAGGGUGAGGAAAGCAAUGGAAGCUCAGGCUAUAAUUACAGAGGAAUCAAAACACUUUGAAGCGUGGAGAGAUUCGCUGGAGACAGUUCCAACAAUCAAGAAAUUAAGGGGAUAUACAGAGAGAAUUAUAGCUGCAGAGGUUGAGAAAUUCUUGCCGAAAAUGGGUGGCAUUGUGAUGGACAAGAAGAUGAGAAAAGCAGUAGACGAUCUAAUCCGAGGUAUAGUGAAUAAGCUCCUACAUGGGCCAAUGCAACAUUUGCGAUGCGAUGGGAGCGACAGCAGAACACUGAGUGAGACGCUGGAGAACAUGCAGGCUCUAAACAGGAUGUAUGGACUUGAUGCAGAGAUACUCGAGGAGAAGAUUAGAGCCAAGGUGGGGAAAAAGUAGAGAGAGAGCCUUUGUUGCAUCCAUUUUUUAGUUUCGUAGAGGUUAAAGUUCGGCACAUUUGUAAUAUAAAAGCUUGAGGAAAAGAGAGUGAAGAUAGCUUCUGGGGAAGAAGAUCUUCUGGCUCAUGUCCUUGAUGAGAAACAUACAAUUAUAUUGUUUCAUUGCGUUCUUUUGUUAAAACUUUGUAUACAUAAUAUACACAAUUUAUUUCCUAACA